AUGUCCCUCAAGCAAGAAAUCGAGACUUGGGUGCAGGCCCUGGAGCAUUUCGAUAACCAGGAAUACGAAUUGGCCCUGCGAGCCUUUUCCGGCAUUGCCGACACCUCGAGGAUUCUUUUCAAUUGCGGGGUCAUAUACGCCACGCUAGGUGAACAUGAGAAAGCAGUCGAGUGCUACCAAAGCGCUGUGGGAUUGGACCAGUAUCUUGCUAUCGCCUACUUCCAAGAAGGCGUGUCGAACUUUCUUCUAGGAGACUUUGAGGAGGCAUUGGCGAAUUUCAACGACACCCUGCUAUAUCUUCGAGGCAACACCUACAUCGACUACGAGCAACUAGGCUUGAAGUUCCGCCUGUACUCUUGCGAGGUCUUGUUCAAUCGUGGACUAUGCUACAUCUAUCUCCAGCAAAUUGGCCCCGGCAUGAAGGACCUUGAGUAUGCCUCGAAAGAGAAAGUCACGCCUGAUCAUGAUGUGAUAAAUGACGCUAUUAAGGAGAGAGCAGAAGGCUACACUGUCUUCUCCAUCCCGGUAGGAGUCGUCUACCGCCCCAACGAGGCAAAGGUAAAGAAUCUCAAGGCCAAGGAUUACCUCGGCAAGUCUCGUGUGGUAGCUGCAAAUCGUCUUAGUACACCCGGGGAAUCAGCCGCGAGAGGUCCAGGCGAUGUGCCGUUUGCCACGUCACACCUAGUCCAGAAGAACCUGACGAGCCGCAGCCGCCAGCAGUCCGAACCACCUAUGAAUCGAAACUUGUUCCCUCCCACCCCCCCACCUGAUACCGAUAAAGCAAGCCUCAGCUCAUCUGGCAGUGCUGGCGGAGCAACAGCCGUUCGCCCUGUACCCAACAAAGCCCUACGACCACCGAAACUAGACUUAGAUCGCCCUGGAGCCCAGCCCCAUCAGAUCAACGGACACACUACGGCCGCACAGGAGAAGUCCCGGAUAGGCACGACACGAACGGCUUCAGAGCCGCGCGGCCCAUCAGCCCGACAGCCCCGUGCAUUUGCGCCAGAGCGACAAGCGUUCCCCCGGGAGAGCUAUGGCCACCGCAGAGGAGGAAGCGACGGUCUGGGACUGGCACCCAAUGGUUACCCAGAAAAUGCGUAUGGGGCGUACGGAGUAUAUGGAGCGUAUGGAGAAGCAAGAGCGAUGGCUCUCGCAAAUGGAGGGCGCCCUUUCCACCAAGAAGGGUACAUUGAUGAGGAGGAAGAGUACGGUAGCUCGCCAUGUGACGGGGAACUAGCGCCAGAUGCAGGGUUCGAGAUCAUGGGUGCAAGGCACCGGACACGAUCACACAGCCGCGGUCCAGGCCGCGGUUACUCUCGUCGGCCGGAGGUGCGCAAAUUCCGCGUCAAGGUUCAUUCUUCCGAGGACACACGAUAUAUCAUCAUUGGGCCGACAAUCGAGUUUCCAGAAUUUGAGGCGCGGAUUCGGGAGAAGUUUGGGUUCCAGAUGCAGCUGAAGAUCAAGAUGCAAGAUGAGGGUGAUAUGAUUACGAUGGUGGACCAAGAAGACUUAGACCUGUUACUCAUGGCGUCACGGGAAAUUGCACGACGAGAAGGAAGUGAAAUGGGAAAGAUGGAGAUUUGGGUCGAAGAACGUCGGAUGAUUUGA